UUUUUUUACCUUUAUUUAAGUCAAAGGUUAGUUGAAGAUAGAUCCGGUUACCUAUUUGCAUCCGUUUAACAUUAUUUCGUACCGAUUACAUAGUCGGUUGUUAAUAAAAUUAUAACAGAUAUUCUAGUUUUGCUGUCAAAAUGGCUGAGUGGUUGGCAUUAUUUUGUUUUGUGUGGUAAGGCUCACAUCAGAUUCUGCAAAUUUCAGUUGAGAGCGGGCUUUAGCGUAGUAUUGUUUGCUGACGUAGAUAUUAUUUAUUAUUAACACAAUACGACAAGUGUCUCUGUUCAAUUUGCAAAUUAACUUGCUGAAGUCUACAUUCGCCGGUAUUCGAGAACAUUAAAAACAGCAGCUGUGACAAUGAAUCCACCAAAUGAAUCACGUAAACAGGAGGAGCAAAGUGCUAGUGGUAAUUUGUGUAAGGAAUCAGAAGAAUUACCACCUUUAGCAAUAUUCCAUCAUCCAUUUAAGCCGUCAGUAAUGGCGCCUGACUUUGCCAUGAUGCAUUCGGAAAGAUCAACUAAGAAUUCUGUUGUAUCUCAGCUCUUAGAGGGAAUGAUGAAAUGUCAAAUUCAAGACGUAAAGUCUGAGAAUAAGAAAGUUAUUUCAAAUGUUGAAGAUUUACCACCUCCACUACCUCCACUACCGGAAAAACGGACUGUUUCAGGAUCCUCAAUGGUUAAUGACGAUUCUUCGCAUCCGACUGUAACAAUAGAUGGUAGUGGUGAAAUAAGUAAUAUACCACCAAAUGUUUUAACCGAUUCAUAUGGUAUUCUUGAAUUACAAAGAUUAUUGGAGAAAUUUAAGCGCAAUCCUGAAUCUACCCACCUAGGAAUGGGAAUCGAUUUGACAAAAAUCGGUAUAGAUGUAAUGUCUGAUAAACCAAUUAUUGAACAUUUUAAUAUUGAUUUAGACAAUUUCUUUAAUCCUGUAAAUACAUCACCAAACGAGCAAACGAAAUCUUUUAAUGAGCCUUUAAAUUGUGUUGAUGUAAGGAAAAUGACUGAGGAGGUUUUGUUUUAUAAUUUUUGUUCUACCACAGAAGAAAGCGUAAGAGUAAUGGUUACAACAGAAUUGCUUGAUAGAAACUGGCGUUUCCACUGUGUUAUCAAAUGUUGGCUUCAGUUAAUCCCAGGGGAAAUUUAUGUUUAUGAUGGACCCACAAUUAGUGGUACCUUUAAAGUAUUGGAUGAAUUAGAAUAUGGAGUUUUGGAUAGAUAUUUUGUGAUCAAUAUAAAUGAUCUAGGAUCGACAGAGCUACUACAUUAACCACUAAUAAGUAGCUAAACUUAAAUUAAGGCAUUAAUAGACAUUUUUGCUAGUCUAUCAUAAGUAUUCAAAAUAUAAAUAAUAAG